AUGACGCAUCCAGCCCCCAGCGGCCAGGAGAAUCGAAUGACCCAGCUGCUGCUGGCCCAGGCAGAGGCGAUACGGGCGCUAAGCCAGGCAGCGUUGACCAGCCCGUCGACGGGCUCCGGCCGCGCCCCGGGGGAGCUCGAGCCGCUCCAGGACUGCCUCGCGCUGCUUCAGCUCUACGCCGGGAUGCUGGACGACCGCAGGCCCCGGCUGCUCCUACUCCUCAGCUCCCCCAGUACCAGCAUCAACUAG